UCAGUGCCCCACCCCCAUAGAACACCGCACCUCCCCGCCCCCUCCCCAGAAUCCAUUGCGGCGGCAAGAUGGCGGACGUGUUGGAUCUUCAUGAGGCGGGAGGCGAGGACUUCGCCAUGGACGAUGAGGGUGACGAAAGUAUUCAUAAGCUGAAGGAAAAGGCCAAGAAGCGAAAGGGACGAGGCUUUGGCUCUGAGGAAGGUGCUCGUUCUCGACUUCGUGAAGACUACGAUUCAGUGGAGCAGGACGGUGACGAACCAGGACCACAGCGCUCUGUGGAAGGGUGGAUUCUCUUUGUGACGGGGGUCCACGAAGAGGCCACGGAGGAAGAUAUUCACGACAAAUUUGCAGAAUAUGGCGAAAUCAAGAACCUGCACCUCAAUCUGGACCGCCGCACCGGCUACCUUAAGGGCUAUGCUUUGGUCGAGUACGAGACCUACAAGGAGGCGCAGGCAGCGAUGGAGGGACUGAAUGGCUCGGAGUUGGCAGGACAGCCCAUCAGCGUGGACUGGGGCUUUGUCCGAGGACCACCCAAGAGCAAGAGGCGGAGUGGGCGCAGGAGGAGCCGGACUCCAGAUCGGAAGCGACAUUAACAGCAACAGGAGCCAAUGGAAUAGCGCGUGGGUGGGCG